AUGGCGACAGUCUCUAAAGCCCCUCUGGUCUGGAUAGACUGUGAGAUGACCGGCCUGAACACUGACAAUGACACCAUCAUGUCUCUCGCCGCAUUCGUCACUGAUGCAGACCUCAACAUCCUUGACGAAACUGGCUAUGAAGCCGUAAUACAUCACGACAAGGAGCAGCUCGAUAUUAUGGGCGAAUGGUGUACUAGCCAUCACGGUCAGUCGGGUCUGACUCAAGCCUGCAUCGAUUCCACCACCACUGCCGAAGAAGCAGCAGAAGGGCUACUUGCCUACAUCAAGAAAUUCGUACCUGAACGCCGCACUGCUUUGCUUUCUGGGAGCUCUGUACACGCCGACAAGUCUUUCCUCGUCAAGCAGCCCUACAAGGUUGUCACCGACUACCUUCAUUACCGGAUCAUGGACGUCAGCAGCAUCAAGGAGGCUGCUCGUAGAUGGGCACCCAAAGCUACUUUGAAGAAGAUACCACGAAAGAAGAUGUUGCAUGAAGCACGUGCAGACAUUCUGGAGAGCAUUGAGGAGGCGAGGUACUAUCGUGAAGCGUUCUUUCUGCCACCAGUGAGCACAAAAGAAUCGCCACAAGAAUGA